CUGACAGAUGUGACUACGUCUUUGUCAACGGGAAAGAAAUGAAGGGCAAGGUGAACGUGGUGGUGAACUUCACCUACCAGCACCUGAGCAGUCCCCUGGAGCUCACGGUGUGGGUGCCCCGGCUCCCGCUGCAGAUCGAGGUCUCUGACACCGAGCUCAAUCAGAUCAAGGGCUGGCGAGUGCCCAUCGUCUCCAGCAAAAGGCCAGCUCGGGACAGCGAGGAAGAGGACGAAGACGAGAGGAGGGGCCGAGGCUGCGCGCUCCAGUACCAGCAUGCUAUGGUGCGGGUCUUAACACAGUUUGUGGCCGAGGCGGCUGAGCCCGGGGGGCACCUGGCCCACCUGCUGGGCUCAGACUGGCAGGUGGACAUCACGGAGCUGGUAAAUGACUUCAUGCAGGUGGAGGAGCCCCGCAUCGCCAAGCUGCAAGGGGGACAAGUCCUGACCGGCCAGGAGCUGGGGAUGACCACCAUUCAGAUCCUGUCGCCUCUGUCGGAUGCCAUCUUGGCUGAAAAGACCAUCACCGUGCUGGAUGAGAAGGUAACAAUCACAGACCUCGGGGUCCAGCUAGUGACAGGGCUGUCACUCUCCUUGCAGCUCAGCCCAGGGAGCAACAGAGCCAUCUUCGCCACGGCGGUGGCUCAGGAACUUCUGCAAAGGCCCAAACAGGAAGCAGCCAUCAGUUGCUGGGUCCAGUUCAGUGAUGGCUCCGUCACUCCCUUGGAUAUUUACGAUGGGAAAGACUUCUCCUUGAUGGCCACAUCCCUGGAUGAGAAGGUGGUCUCCAUCCACCAAGACCCCAAAUUCAAGUGGCCUGUAAUCGCUGCGGAAACCGAAGGACACGGUGCUCUGGUAAAGGUCGAGAUGGUUAUUAGUGAAUCUUGCCAGAAAUCCAAGCGGAAGAGUGUGCUUGCUGUGGGAACAGCCAACAUCAAAGUCAAAUUUGGCCAAAGUGAUGCUAGCCCCAACACCAGUGACAGCAGACGCAUGGGGGCAGGAGUUCACCUGGAGAAUAAUGUCAAUGACAGAAGACCCAAAAGACCCUUGCAAGAGUGGAGGAGUCAAGAGGGUCAGUACUACAGCAGUUCCUCCAUGGGCCUCAUGGAAGGAAGAGGCUCCACAACAGAAAGGUCAACCUUCCAGAAGAGCAAUGGCCAGGAAAGCCUUUUAGAUGAUGACAGUGGUUUGCAGACCAUCCCUGUUGACCUCACCAGUUUCCCUGCCCAUGUGGAUCUCCCCAGAAGUAAUGGGGAAAUGGAUGAGAAUGACCUCACGCAGGCAUCCAAAGGGCUGAGCGACCUGGAAAUUGGGAUGUACGCUCUGUUGGGUGUCUUCUGCCUGGCCAUUUUGGUCUUCCUAAUAAACUGUGUGACCUUUGCAUUGAAGUACAGGCACAAACAGCUUCCCUUCGAAGAGCAAGAAGGAAUGAGUCACUCCCAUGACUGGGUGGGGUUGAGCCACCGGACAGAACUGUUGGAGAAUCACAUUAACUUUGCAUCCUCUCAAGAUGAGCAGAUCACCGCCAUUGACAGGGGUAUGGAUUUCGAAGAAAGUAAGUAUCUCCUCAGCACAAGCUCCCAAAAGAGCAUCAAUGGGCAGCUGUUCAAAUCUUCAGGACCCAUAGUCGAUGAUGGGAAGGAUCAGAAAAGUGAGCCCCCAUCAUCCCCUACCUCAAAAAGGAAAAGAGUGAAAUUUACCACCUUCACCACCAUCUCCACGGACGACGGAUGCCCCGCCGUGAACCCCAUAGUGACGAGCGGUGAGGCUAAUAUGAGCUGGGCCUGCCAGGAUCUGGACCCCGGGGAGUGCACAGAGCUCCACACCUACAUGGAAAGGUUACACGAAAACGUGUAA